GCGACAAGACAAACCGACUACUUAACUAUUUAUUUAUCAGAUUUACGAUUUCAUUUCUUCUACGACUACGAUGGUUUCGGUUUGGCUAAUGGAACGUUCACUUCACUUGUAGAAUGAAGGAUUUGUUUGGAAAUCGUGUACCUUAAUUAGUCAUUAAUUUAGUCGGUUAUUUCGUUUUGAGAAUCGUGUUCGAUGUGAUUUUAAAACGUAGCAGCACUUAUUUCGCUUUGAUUUGAAUACAAAAUCCAUCAUACAUAUUCGUGCACUUUUGAAACUUGAGAAAUACUCAAACAAGUGAAAUGACGUGGGGAUUUGUUACCUGUGGCCCUAAUGAGGCGUUGGUAGUCUCUGGAUGCUGUUACAGUAAACCUUUACUCGUUCCUGGAGGACGAGCUUUCGUCUGGCCAACGAUUCAACGUGUUCAAAGAAUAUCUUUGAACACUAUGACAUUACAAGUUGAAAGUCCAACUGUUUAUACUUGCCAGGGUGUCCCCAUAUCAGUUACAGGCGUUGCCCAAGUGAAAAUUCAGGGUCAAAAUCAAGAAAUGCUGAUGACUGCUUGUGAACAAUUUCUUGGCAAGAACGAGGGAGAGAUACGGAAUAUCGCUCUACAUACUUUAGAAGGACAUCAGCGAGCUAUCAUGGGUAGCAUGACUGUUGAAGAAAUUUAUAAAGACCGAAAAAAAUUCAGUAAACAAGUUUUUGAAGUUGCUUCUUCGGAUUUGGUCAAUAUGGGAAUCACUGUUGUUUCUUAUACGUUGAAAGAUAUCCACGACGAAGAGGGAUACCUGCAAAGUUUGGGAAUGGCUAGAACCGCUGAAGUCAAAAGAGAUGCUAGAAUCGGUGAAGCCGAAGCCAAACGUGAUGCCAGAAUAAAGGAAGCAAUCGCCGAAGAGGAAAGAAUGGCAGCGAAAUUACUGAAUGAUACAGAAAUCGCUAAAGCUCAAAGAGAUUUUGAGUUGAAGAAAGCAAUAUACGAUACAGAAGUCCGAACUAAGAGUGCAGAUGCGGAGCUUGCUUACGAAUUACAAGCAGCCAAAACCAAACAGAGAAUCAAAGAAGAAGAAAUGCAGAUUAAAGUCGUCGAAAGAACGCAAGAAAUCCAAGUCCAAGAACAAGAAAUUCAAAGAAAAGAAAGAGAGUUGGAGUCUACCGUUCGAAGACCAGCAGAAGCUGAAAAAUUCAGAUUGGAAAAAUUAGCGGAGGCUCAUCGUAACCGGGUAAUUUUGGAGGCUGAAGCAGAAUCCGAAAGUUUACGAUUGAGGGGAGAAGCCGAAGCGUUUGCGAUUGAAGCAAAAGCUAAAGCUGAAGCAGAUCAAAUGUUGAAAAAGGCCGAAGCCUGGAAAGAAUACAAAGAAGCUGCUAUGAUCGAUAUGGUUCUGGAUGUGUUGCCGAAGGUCGCUGCUGAAGUAGCCAAUCCACUCACUCAGACGAAAAAAGUAACGAUGAUUGCGAGUGGAAAUGGUGAUAUUGGUGCUGCCCGACUCACCGGUGAAAUAAUAAGUAUUGUGACCAAAGUGCCUGAAAUGGUCAAAACUCUGACCGGCGUUGAUGUUAUGAAAGUGAAAUGAAACCGGCUUCAUGUAGGCUCAUGUGUAAAAGAAGAUUUCCCUUGGUAUCUGUGAAACGGUAAAAUGAUUUUGGUAUGAAAUUUGUCAUUGUUUGUAUAGUCAGCUUUCAACAUUUUAUCAAUUUUUUUCAUUAUGUAUUACUUCCUCAUUCUUAAAAAGUGUUCUUGAAAUUUAAAUUCUCACAUGCAUUCCCAUAAGGAAAUUAAGAAUUCUCAUUUUUCGAUAUUUUAUGCCUUUUAAAUUUUAUAAAAAACCUCAUUUUUCUAUGAUUUUUUUUUGUGAAUCAUUUGUUAUUCAAUCUUAGAAUAUUUUCUUAUAAUUUUUCGAUGCAGAAUCGUAGAAGUGAAACAAUAAUUUUUUUUGCUAUUCUUAUUGGACAUUUGUGGUGAUGAAUAGAGGUUUUCUCCUGAUCUGAAAUUACAAUUUCUUCCUUUCCACACUGAAUUUGGGUUGCACAAUUUUCACUUCAUUGCGAUACUGUUACCAUUUACUUCUUUUCGUAUUAUGUCAUGUCCAAUUUGUAUUCAGUAAUACAUAUUAUAUUACAUAUAAAUUCAUUUUAUGUUUUUAUCUAACAUAAUGAUAUAUUAUAUCAAUAAUUUUACCAUUUUUUAAACAAAUAUUUACUAUUAUGUUAAAGGAAUUAUAUCCAACCUUUUUAGAACUAAAUCUUCAUAUACUGUAACUUUAUAUGAGCCUACAUUACUUUACAAAAAUUUGUUUACUUUUUCUUGUGAACUGUUCACAAUUGUUUGUUAUAUGUUUGUGAAACGAAUUUAUUGUAAACUGAUGUAAAUCAAAUAUUUGAUUUUUUUUAAAUGUAAUUUUACAUUUGAGCGUUUAAUUCGACAUCAUUAUGGAUUUUUUUUUUUACUUUUUUUGACAUUAAAUUGAAAAGUUUUCGUGAAGAAUGUCAAUACUUCAGCGCUUUCUGCUAUGUUCUUCAUUCAAUCCUUAGAGGAUAUUUUAUAUAUUGUAUUCAAAUUUAAGGUAGCCAAGUAGCUACUUUGUACUUUAAAACUCAAAUUUUAAAAAUGGAAUGAAAAUGUAUAAGAAUUGCUUGUCGGAAUGCGCUAGUCUCAAAUUUUUCGUUUAUUGUUAUUUUUGUUUAUUUAGUCAAAUAUUGUGCAUUUCAUGUUUUGUUAGUUUUUGUAUAAUAAUAUUUUCAUUUUAUAUUGUAGUAAUUUUUCCCCCUAAGGGAAGGUACUAAGCUCAAUGCGAUAAGAAUCUAAUGCUUCUGUUUUCUCAAAACAAAUACUCGCGUAUUACUUUUUUAAAAAAAUCAAACUAGAACUGUCAUUAGAGUAGGCACGUGAUCUAGUUGAAAAAAAUUUUGAAUGUAAUUACUGGAUGAUGCUGUUUCUUAUAACGCUUUCAUGUUUUCUACUUCCCCUGUGUUUAUGAGGUAAAAACUAACUUCGUUGAAAAAAUCCAGGGAUUUCCAGCCAAUCAUCUAUUAGCUUUUGGCUAUCAGCUUUUAGCUUGAUUUUCAUUAGCUUAAAUAAAGCUGGCUUUUGGCUGGCAAAAUUUCAUUGGCUGGCGAUUGGCUGGCUUUUGGCUUACGAAAACAAAAAUACAUGUGACCCCUCAAAAUACUCGUUAUGACGUGUAGACGAUUAUUAAAAGGAGAAGGACAAUUUUCAUUUCUGUGGUGUCAGUGAGUGUAAGACGUGAGUCACGAGUGAAAAAAAAUAAAAUCUGAGAAAAAAUUUUUAAAAAAUUGAAAAAUUUGAAAAUCACUCCCAAGUUCAUUAGCUUUUGGCUAUUAGCUAUUGGCUGGCAAUUUUUCAUUAAGCCAGCUUUUGGCUAUUGGCUUAAAUACCAUUAGCUUGCAUCAGCUAUUAGCUUUUGGCUUUUAGCUAUUGGCUGGCUGGAAAUCCCUGAAAAAAUCUGUGUAGGGUCGCAGGUACAUAUUUAAAGUUUUCCGUCCAGUCCGACGUUCAUAAAGAGUACCUAAAAAAAUUACUCGAAUGGCUCUCAGAUGUCAAUUGAUGAUCAUGUGUUUAAAAAAUAUAAUGUAUGAAAAAUGAACGGAAAUAUCUGUAAUCUGUACCAUAUGCAACAAAGUAGGUGGUCGUGUGUAAUUUUAUGUAUAAUUUCCUAUCGGUACUUGUUCAACCAGUAGGAAUUUUCUUUGUUAUUGCCAUCAUACCUAUAUACCAUUUUUAUUUGUAUUUCUUAUAAUUAAUAUUUAAAUUUGUGUCGUUUAUUUUUGAUUUUCCUUCUUCACCUACUUCAUUUAAUAAUGAAAUGACCAAUGAUGAUUGAAAAUUCAGUGUCACUGUUCUUUCGACGGUGUAAGUAUUGUGGUUUCAUCUUUUCAAGAAUAUACUUUGAAAAAAAAAGUAUAAGUGUUGAGAAAUUAAUGUACGUCCUUUUUUAAAAAUCACGUUUUAUGAUUCAUUGUAUGAGCUUAAAGAACUAUUUAUAUAUUUUUUAAUCUAUUUUUAAGGCUACGUUUGUGUGUACGCGUCGAGUUUUUUUUUUACAUAUCGUAAAAUAAUACUCGUCACUGUUUGAAAAAAUAAAAUGAAAAAAAUA